GAGCUCCAUGUUUGCUUGAACUACUCGAGAGACCGUUGCCGCCUGUUUUCCUAUUUCAACUCAACCCAUAUAAAUAUACAAAGGAUAACUUACCAGAAUCAAACUGAACUUGUCCGUAAACUAUCCGAUUUAGUUAUGUAGUUUGAAUCUGGAAAGAAGUAUAUAUUUAUUAGGAUUCUACUUCGGUUGUAAGCUUAUAAAUAUAUGAGCCCAACUCUUGGCUGGAAAAGAUAUUAGCGAACAGACGUUCUUGUUCAAACUUGAAAACUUCGUAAUCUACAGAUCGAGAAAACUUGGGCGGGCUGCCAAGUUUUGACUUCAAUCAUCAGCAGGUGUUUCGCACAUACAUAUAUACAGAUAAAUAGAUAUUGCGUUUGGAGCAGACUACUUGCGGACUGCAAAUCGAUGGGGUCGCUGUGUAAUGGAACUGAUGGUGGUGCUGUAUACACAGCCGUGCCGAGGUCGCGCUCCGGCGGCGCUGAGGGAAACGGUGAAUACUCAAAAUCAGGAAACGGGUUUGCCAAGUUGGCGCCUAUGGAGCAGGAGAGCGCUUCGAAGACUAAAAACGUGACUUCCGGAUUUGGUUAUGUUCUAGAGGACGUGCCACAUCUGUCUGACUACAUUCCUGAUCUUCCUACUUAUCCCAAUCCGUUGCAAGACCAUCCUGCAUACUCAGUUGUUAGGCGGUAUUUUGUCGAUGUGGAUGACACAGUUGCACAAAAGAUUGUUGUUCGCAAGGAUAGUCCAAGAGGAGCUCAUUUUCGACGUGCUGGUCCUCGCCAAAGAGUUUAUUAUGAGUCUGACGAUGUGCGUGCUUGCAUUGUCACCUGUGGAGGCUUAUGCCCUGGUCUCAAUACAGUUAUCAGGGAAAUAGUAUGCGGUCUACAUCAUAUGUACGGCGUAACAAGUGUUGUCGGAAUAGAUGGAGGAUAUCGAGGCUUUUACUCUAGAAACACCAUCUCUUUAACACCAAACACUGUCAACGACAUUCACAAACGUGGCGGGACGAUCCUAGGGACAUCUCGAGGUGGGCAUAACACUAAAAAGAUAGUUGACUGCAUUCAAGACCGUGGAAUCAAUCAGGUCUACAUAAUAGGAGGAGAUGGAACCCAGAAAGGAGCAUCAGCAAUCUUUGAGGAGAUCAGAAGACGCGGGCUUAAGGUUGCAGUUGUUGGAAUACCGAAAACAAUAGAUAAUGACAUUCCGGUGAUAGACAAGUCCUUUGGUUUUGAUUCGGCUGUUGAGGAAGCCCAGCGUGCCAUUAAUGCAGCACAUGUUGAAGCUACAAGCACCGAGAAUGGAAUUGGUCUUGUCAAGUUAAUGGGGAGAUAUAGCGGCUUUAUCGCUAUGUAUGCUACCCUUGCUAGCCGAGAUGUCGACUGCUGCCUCAUUCCAGAGUCACCUUUCUAUCUUGAAGGAGCUGGUGGACUUCUUGAAUACAUUGAGAAGAGAAUUAAAGAAAAUGGGCAUAUGGUGAUUGUCAUAGCUGAAGGGGCAGGGCAGGAGCUACUUUCUGAGAGUGCGGAACUGCAAAAUCAACAAGAUGCUUCGGGAAACAAGCUUCUCCAAGACGUUGGACUGUGGAUAUCACAAAAGAUCAAGGAUUAUUUCUCCAAGGGAAAAAAGAUGGCAAUUAAUCUCAAAUACAUAGAUCCAACAUAUAUGAUCCGGGCUAUUCCUAGCAAUGCGUCCGACAAUGUCUACUGCACGCUUCUUGCUCAAAGUGCGGUUCACGGAGCAAUGGCUGGAUACACAUCUUUCACUGUAGGACCUGUAAAUGGGAGACAUGCGUAUAUACCCUUCCAUAGAAUCACUGAGAGGCAGAACAAGGUUGUGAUCACAGAUAGAAUGUGGGCGAGGCUUCUCUUGUCGACGAACCAGCCCAGUUUCUUCAGUAAGAACGGCGUUAUUCAAGCUAGCAACGAGAACGAACCACUCUCAGAACUGUUGGAUGAUGGCUUUGCAUACAGUUCAGUAAUGAACAACGAUUUUACGUGCUAAACGACAAUGCUCUAGUAAAAGUCAGAGAUUCGGAUACAUCUUCAAUUAGCUUUCUUAGGAAGUAGUCACACUGCAGCAGUUGCAUGUCUAGUAGUGUAAAUUUAUAGCCACCAUUGAUAUAGCUAAGAGAAGGACUUCACAAAGGUUCUUCAGAUUCUUGAUGUAAUGCAAUAUUUUGCAACAUCAAUUCUUAAUUCUUUUACCUCAUACUGAUCAAACUUUCGAGCUGUUUCUGAAAGGAGGCUUCCACAAUUGUCGUUCGUUAAGCCUUGGGCCGUUUUUAUCGUACUUCAGAAGUGAAUUUCCAUUACCAUAUAAUAGGGGCAGUGAAAUCACGGUUCAAAACGUCUUUACGAAAGUCAGAUAUUCCCAACAAGGACUGCAGCUUCUGCACUGAGAGAAUGAAGUUGCAGUUAUAUAUAUAGAUAUAUGGUCUAAUGACCAUUGCCAUAGUGACUGUUCCUGCUGUUGCUGGUUAUAGAAUGCAUCU